CCGUCUCGGCGAUGAGAAAAUAACGCCGAAGUUGGCCGCCGUCAGCUGAUCGCGGCUGACAGCGAGGGGAGCGGGCGGCGGGGGUCGUGCCCUGCGCUGCCCAGCCCCUCCCGGGCGCCCGGGCCGCAUGGUCGGGUCGCUGCCUGGGCCGCUGCGGGCGGAGAAGCGGGGCACCCCCCCCGCCAAGCGCGGAGGGAGCGGGGGGGAAGGAGGAAGAAGCCGCGGCCGGGACCCGACUCCUUAGUCACCGGGUGCCGGCGGGAGGAAGGGGAAGGAAGGUGGCGGCCGGCUCGUAAACAAUAGCCCGGCUCGCGGCGGCCCGCGCCGCGCCGCCUUUGUUACCGUGCCCCGGCGCCGCUGGGGGAGAGGAAGCCGCGGGCAUUCCCCCCUCACCCUCCCCGGCCGCUGCUUGGGAUACGCCGGAGAGGCGCGGUGCGCGGCCCCAGCUGUCUUCCUUCGAUCUCAGCUUCAGGGAAAUACUUGCCCUACGUGCUGAAGUACACCUGACUGAGGGGUUUCUUUUGUCGACGCUGAAAAUACAUUAUUACAUAGCUAAGGAGAAGAAAAAGAUUGUACACCAGCAUUGGAGUGUAACGAUAUGUGGAACCAGCCACGUUGGUGUAAGUUCAUCGUGGAGAAAGAAAACUUUGUGUGUGCGUACUGAAACAAGACUCUUCCUGGUGGCAGAAACAGGAGGGAAAACGUUGCUUUGAAGAAGUCUGAAGAUGAGCGCCCACACGCAAACUGCAGAGAAAGGACAGAACACAACCCUCCUGUGCCAGGAAAGCUAUGUUUGCAGUGGGACAGAUGAAGCAAUCUUUGAGUGUGACGAAUGCAGGAGCCUCCAGUGCCAGCGUUGUGAAGAAGAGCUGCAUCAGCCAGAAAGGUUAAGGAACCACGAACGGACCCGUAUAAGACCCGGCCAUGUCCCGUACUGUGACUCCUGCAAAGGUGCCAACGGGAACAUAAUGCAUGCCAGUAUGACGGGCUCGAGGCAGAUAGCAGCAGUGAGGUGCCAGGUGUGCAAAAUCAACCUCUGCGUGGAGUGUCAGAAGAGAACGCACGCUGGGGGGAACAGAAGGAAGCACCCCGUCACUGUGUACCAUCCUGGCAAAGCCCAAGGGCAGGAGGAGGAAGAGGGGAUGGAUGAGGAGACCAAGAGAAGGAAGAUGACAGAGAAAGUUGUGAGUUUCCUCUUGGUGGAUGAAACUGAGGAGAUUCAGGUAAGGAAUGAAGAAGACUUUAUUAAGAAACUGGACUGCAAUCCUGACCAGCAUCUAAAGGUAGUGUCCAUCUUUGGGAACACAGGGGAUGGCAAGUCUCACACCCUUAACCACACUUUCUUCUAUGGCCGGGAAGUCUUCAAGACGUCUCCAGCCCAAGAGUCUUGCACAGUCGGAGUCUGGGCAGCCUAUGACCCUGUCCGAAAAGUGGUGGUAAUAGACACAGAGGGUCUCCUGGGGGCCACUGUCAACCUGAGCCAGAGAACAAGGCUGCUGCUGAAGGUCCUGGCCAUCUCUGACCUUGUCAUCUACCGUACUCGUGCUGACAGGCUCCACAAUGAUCUCUUCAAAUUCCUUGGUGAUGCCUCGGAGGCUUAUUUAAAACAUUUCACCAAGGAGCUAAAAGCUACCACAGCCCGCUGUGGCCUAGAUGUUCCUCUGUCAACUUUGGGUCCAGGUGUCAUCAUCUUUCACGAGACUGUGUACACCAAGCUCCUGGGCUCUGAUCAUCCUUCUGAGGUUCCUGAGAAGCUCAUUCAGGAUCGGUUUCGGAAGCUAAGCUGUUUUCCUGAGGCUUUCAGCUCAAUCCACUACAAGGGAACAAGGACAUACAAUCCUCCAACAGAUUUCUCUGGGCUUAGGCGAGCUGUGGAGCAGCAGCUGGAGAACAAUACCACUCGCUCACCUCGGCAGCCUGGGGUUAUCUACAAAGCACUAAAAGCUCUGAGUGACCGGUUCAGUGGGGAGAUCCCCGAUGACCAGAUGGCUCACAGCUCUUUCUUUCCAGAUGAAUAUUUCACAUGCUCCUCUGUGUGCCUCAGCUGUGGGUGUGGCUGUAAGAGGAGCAUGAACCAUGCAAAGGAAGGAAUCCCCCACGAAUCCAAAAGCCGGUGCAGAUACUCACACCAGUAUGAUAACAGAGUCUACACGUGCAAGGCCUGUUACGAACGAGGGAUGGAGGUCAGCGUGGUGCCAAAAACCUCUGCUUCCACUGACUCCCCUUGGCUGGGCCUUGCCAAGUAUGCCUGGUCAGGAUACGUGAUUGAGUGCCCCAACUGCGGGGUGGUGUACCGCAGCCGGCAGUACUGGUUUGGCAACCAGGAUCCUGUGAACACUGUAGUGAGGACAGAAAUUGAACAUGUCUGGCCAGGGAGUGAUGGAUUUCUGAAGGACAACAACAAUGCAGCGCAGCGUUUGUUGGACGGGAUGAAUUUCAUGGCACAAUCGGUAUCUGAACUUAGCCUGGGACCCACCAAAGCCGUGACCUCCUGGCUGACAGACCAGAUUGCCCCAGCUUACUGGAGGCCCAAUUCUCAGAUCCUGAGUUGUAAUAAAUGCAACACCCCUUUUAAAGACAAUGACACUAAACAUCACUGUCGGGCCUGUGGAGAGGGCUUCUGCGACGGCUGUUCUUCCAAGACCCGUCCGGUGCCCGAGCGAGGAUGGGGACCAGCGCCGGUGCGCGUCUGCGACAACUGCUACGAGAACAGAGGCAUCCAGUUAGAUGUGGCUGAGCUGCCCUCAGAUGAGGAAGGGGGGACACUUAUUGCCAGGAAGGUGGGAGAAGCUGUGCAGAACACUCUUGGAGCGGUGGUGACAGCUAUGGACAUUCCCUUAGGUCUGGUAAAAGACGCUGCUCGCCCUGCUUACUGGGUGCCAGACCACGAAAUCCUGCACUGCCACAACUGCCGGAAGGAAUUCAGUAUCAAACUGUCCAAGCACCACUGCCGGGCCUGCGGGCAGGGCUUCUGCGACGAGUGCUCGCACGACCGCCGCGCCGUUCCCUCCCGCGGCUGGGAUCACCCGGUGCGAGUCUGCUUCAACUGCAAUAAAAAGCCUGGUGACCUUUAACCCCAGGCUCUCCUCCAGAGCUUUGCAAUUCCUUAUGUUCUCAGGGUUACGAAUGGAAAACUAUCCGGUGUCCCUUUCGCCUCUUAACCUGUUGCAGCCAGAGUGCAUGUUUCCAGUUUCUGGCCUCCUCUCGUGUUGUAUUCAUCUUGGAACACUGGGAAUGAGCUUACGUUCAGCCUCUAGGUUUUAAUGUCAAAUGAACUGGGGAAGGGAGGGAGCUCCCUUGUAAAUGAGCAAACCAAAACCCAGUGUGUUUUAUUCCAAUGAAAAAAGUAUCUAUGUCUAUAUCUAUCUAUGUACAAUUUAGCCUGUUAAGAAUACGGUUGGCUAAUGAAGCUUUGAGUAUUCCUAGUUCAAAUGAUGGAUGGUGGUGUUCCUUAUUAUACUGGAUCAGACUUCAAGCCUUCUGAUUCUUCCUGUGGAACGUCUUGCUGACCAGGAUAUAACCUUUGAGGAAGGUUUGGACUCUGUGCUGCCAGAAAUCUCCAGCGCCGAUGUGGGAAUUCCACCUGGUGAUUCAACCAGCCACACUCGUGGCCGUGGAAGAUGAGACACAGAUUCAUCAGCGGCUUUGAACUGCAAUAGGAGCGGUGGUCUUGCAGUGCCAGAGUUGAAAAUAGACCAGUAGAGCUCCAAAAGGUAAAGCAAAUCGUUAGGGACGUGGCAAAGCAUUCUGAUUUCGCUGUUUCAACUUCACUACCAGAUCAAAAGUUAGCAGGGUCUUGCUCUUCCCGACGAUGUUGUCACGUACUCAGGUUUUCUUCCCGUUUCUCUGCCAGCACAUUUGAGUUACAAGUUUUGUCCAUCACAGAACAAGAGAACAAGUGACGUGGGCAGUUCUGAAAAGUGAAGUUUGAGUUGUUUGGGUUGUGAUGACUUUUAUUUCCCCACACUUUAGAAGUGAUCCCAGGGUCUCUGGAGCUUCUGUGUUCUCAGCUGUGAUUGCAUAGAAACUGCACAGAUUCAACUUCUCUUUUUUUUACUUUCUAAUAAUGCCAACUUCCAAAUCCACCUGGCAAAUGGGAACCUUUCUUCUUUGCUCCUUCCAACUGCCACUCCCUGGACUUCAUCCUUUUAUUGAAGGACCACAAUGAAUUCACUGCUCUUUAUCAUCAGAAGCACCACUUAACCGAACUAAUACUGUCUCACACUGUGGGUUUGUGGUUCCAGUUAUAAGAAGUAAGAGACCAUCUUGGAUUUAACUGUCUGAAGUCCCCCCUUCUUGGCUUACAUAGACAAGAAUCCUUCUCCACCACGUGAGAGCUGUCUCCUCUUGGAGCAGCCAGAGUUUGAUGCAAUGUCCUGGAACUGUGAUACUUCAUUUUUUUCUCCCCUCCAGCUUACUAAGUGUGCUCUUGUGUAGCUGAGUGCCCAACACCCUGGUUUAGGACUGUACCGUUAAAUUAACUACUAGAAAAGACUCCUCUUACCUUCUGAACAAGUGUACUGGCUUUUUCCUGCUAAGGAGCAGCUCUGGCUUUGCCCUUUGCAGCUGCAUCUGGCCCAUGCAGGGAAGUGGGGCUUAGAAGACGUUCCAGGACACCUUCAGGCUUGUCUUGACGGGAUUUUUGUUUGCUAUGAACUGACAGUUGGCCACGGGAGGGCACGAGCAGGUAGAACUCCUCCCUUCACAAAGACAGACAGACAGCCAUUCUGCACAUCCAGCAUUAUUCUGUGCUUCAAAGUAUUUUUAUUUUUUUAAAGGGUGAGCAGUGUGUUGCUGGUCUGUAGGCUGUGCCCCCUCUGCCCUCCAUGCAUGUAGCUUUACUACCAUGUUAAUGCACAAAGAGAAAAGCAGCCAUGACAUUCCUUGUAUAAAAAUCUUUGGCAUCUGUUUAAACAA